AUGAUCAAUGAGUAUAGAGAUGAAUGGGAUGUCCUGGUAUUAGACUUCCCCAAAGAGCCAGAGGAUAAUGUACUGUGCUAUUAUAGGAAUGAUAGUGAUAGAUAUAACCCAGAAACCAAAAAGGUGGCUAUCCCUAAUGUCAGUAACUUUACCAAAUAUACUCACACUGUUCCUGGUGGGAAAAUAUUUACCCUAUAUACUAGUAUACCUAAUGGUGAGAACUUAGAACUUAAUGGCUAUCAAGAGAUUCAAGAUGUUAUGAAUGUAUCCGUAUACUACUGGAAUAAAGACAAAAGUCAUAGAAAGAAACCGCUUCUUAUUGGAAUAACUGUCAAGGGUAGUAGCGGGAUAGAAACAAAGCACUAUGGGAGGAAUGGUAAUAGUAAUAGUAGUAACCCUGGGAUAUUUGAUCAACUGCCCAGCGCUGACUGGGAUGUUUUUGGCACAACGACUGAAUCUGGAUUUUACGAUUAUAAAGGUCAUCCUACUGAACAUCUUGCUAAAAAACUAGACGAUCUAACUUGUAAAUACCACAAAGCAGCUACCUUUGAUAUAUCUUUUACAAAUUCUAACAAUAUAUCUACCAUAAGUUGUACGGAUCAGCAGAGAUAUUGCUGUGAAGAGCACGAAAAGAAGGGUGAGGGUAGAAUCUCUGUUGAACGAAAUGGAGUUUCUUGUAACGAGCCGGGUCAUACCUCAAGUCAUAUUGCAGCUUAUAAACACUCCAUUGAAAGUAGUUCCAAACUGGCCGGUAUAUAUUACAAAGAGGGUGCUAAUACUAGGAAGUACAUACGCCUUUCUGGACUAUCCUUCCCAACUUAUGAUCCUGUUAGUGCCUAUGCAUUCUACUGCAACGGCAGUAUGAAUCCAGUACUGAUUUACAUCAAAGAUGGACCUCGGGAGGUUAGGAAUAAGUGGUUUAAAAAACCUACUAGUAAUAAAAAUACGUGGGAAGAAGUUUCUGGUAGGCUCCCUGGCAUAACACCAGAAAACAUUUCUAACAAUAAAUGUACCUACUGGAACGCACUUGUGGAUGUAUUAAGUGGUACUGGUUGUGCCAACUAUUCAAGGUGUAGUUACAAUUCCGGUAUAUCUGUAUUUGGAGCCAAAUAUACUCUACCUGAAGGAUUUAGAGGAGAAGCUCUUCCCCCCUCUAUUCAUCCUGCUGUUAACAGUCUAACUGAUGAUCAUACUACUACUCAGACUACUCUUAUUACUGAAGAUGGGCAUAAAGCAAUAGAAGUUACUUAUGCUGAUAAUCAAGUUUUCCGUGUUCUAGGUGCUAAUGGUGUAGCUGAAGUUGAACAAACUCAAGAAUCUCAAAAUUCUGCAGUGGCCCUUCCACCCCAAGAAAAAGCUACAAAAACACAAAAUGACGUUGAUACACCUACUGACUCUUAUAAACAAUCUGAUUCUGAUCUAUCUAGCCAAAAUAAUUCUCAUACUGGAACUGACAAAGGUGCUGGACCAGACUCUGUUGAUUAUACUAGUCUACCAGGAGAUGGAGAAACUGGAGCUCUUCAAGAUGAUCAAAGCUAUGGUGGAGAUACUCCUGAACCUGAACAAAUUGGUACUGAAUCUGCUCCUCUAGGGUUAUUGGCAAUCUUUAAAAUAUCCUCAGGUGUUUUUGGUGGAUCAGGCGCAGCUGGUUUCGCAGGAUGGAAACUCUAUAAGAGCUUUAAAAGGGAUCCCUGGGUACGUCAAAUAUGA